GAUCUGCUGAGAAUACCGAGAGAGUCCACUACUUGAGUCAGUAUGAAUGGUCCCUUCAGUCCUAAGCGGGAACCAGGGCCUGACCUGUCCUGUCUGCACCAGUACAACGAGUGGCUGGCAUGUAGGCAUGAGUCCAGUCUGCUCCCCAUGAAAGAUGACCUGGCCAUCUGGCUAAACAGAAUCCUUGGUCUGGAUAUAACAGUGGACACAUUCAUGGACAGACUAGACAAUGGUGUCGUCCUCUGUCAGCUUGCAGAGGCUCUGCAGGAGAAGAUGAUUCUGGCCAGCAAUGGCAAGCCUAUUAUUCGACGUGUGAUUCGUUGGCGACCUGAUGCAGCCUCUGGAUCCUUCUUUGCUCGGGACAAUACAGCUAACUUUCUGUACUGGUGCCGUAAAAUUGGAUUGGAGCAGUCACAUCUGUUUGAGUCUGAAGAUCUUGUUCUUCAAAAGCAUCCAAGAGAUGUGUGCUUGUGUCUCAUGCAGCUUGGGCGAAUCGCUUCAAGGUAUGGCAUUGAGCCGCCUGCGCUGGUCAAACUCGAGAGAGAGAUUGAGAAAGAAGAAGAUGAGUCUUCAUCUCCAUCCAUGUUGUUUGCUUCACCUCUGCCGUCUCCCUCCACACCUCCUGUGUUUUUCCCUAUGGAUCCUCCAGAGCCUCCUUCAGUCUCGAGGCCCUCAUCUGUCUCUCCUCCAGCAUCGUUCCCAUCUCCUCCGCUGGUCCCGACUCCUCCACCAGAGACAGCAUCCAUCUUUUCUGACCUAAACACGCAUCCAGAACCUCAGCCAACCAUCCCAGCUAACCCAUCACCGAUCCGGACACCUGUAAAAUCAACGCUGCCCUCCCCGACAAAUGGCUUUGCCAAGACUAAUGGGAGAAAGAGCAGCGGUAACCUGCUGGAUGAUAUUGUGAGACAGAUAUCAGAAGAUCCACCAUGCAAAUGUCCAGUCAAAUUCUGCAUUGAGAAGCAGCCAAAAGGUCAUUAUCGUGUCGGAGACAAAGUCCUCUAUGUCAGGAUGCUGAAUGAUAAACAUGCUAUGGUACGUGUUGGUGGUGGAUGGGAACCAUUUGGCACAUACCUGUUAAAGCAUGACCCAUGCAGGAUGACCAUGAUAGCCCGACCUGGACCCAAAACCUCCAAGCCUAAUGGCAGGUCCCCGGUCAAGAGGGAGCUGUCCCGGGACAGUUACCUGGUCGUAGGUAGUACAAACUCUCGCUCUAAGAAGUGAUGGGCCUCAACAACCUCUGCCUCAAACUACAGCAGGCUGAUUUUUGUAUUUUUUAGGAGGGAAGCAGCCCAGGUGGCUUGAUCUUGUUUUAUUGUUGACAUUAAUUUUUUUUUGGGCAGCAGUCCUCAAAGUUUUCACCCAAAAAUAGCAUUUACUGAUAGAGUCACAGUCUGCUUAUCAACAGUCUCAGAAAUAAAGGUACACCAGGGUACACUACAAAACAUAAACAUUAGUUGUUUUUAGAUCAUUUGUAUGAUUUAGGAAAUCUUUUGCACCUUAAGGUAUCAAUAUGGUGUCUUUUUUAAUAAAAAAGGUCCCAGUGACAGCUUUCACAGCUUAAAAAAGGCAAAGACAUUGAAAAGAAAAAAAAUCUAUGCAAGCUGAGGGAAAAUCUGAUAUAUUAUACUAUAUAAUUCACAGAGAUUCGUUUUCAAUGAGUGUAAAAAUCAAAGCAUUCCAGUUCCUAUAUUCAUUAAUUUUGAAUAAGCAUUUAGAAAACAAAAUAGCCAAGUCAAUUAAAAUAGUAAACUAGCGUUCAUAUUCGACUAAGGCAUGCUAAAGUUCCAAAUAAAUUGAUCGAUACAGUUCAAGAUUCUUUUAAUAUAUUUUUAAUGUUUACCUUUUCCGUCAGAACAUGCUUUAUUUUUGUAUGAUACAUAAUUUUGGUACUUUGUUGGGUCAAUUUUUUGAAUCUGGCCUGACACAAAAGAAUAUUGAUCUGUAUUUUUUUAUGUAGGGCAUAUAUAUAUAUAUCUUGCUAUCUUCUUUUUGCUUUUUUUGAUAAACAUCCUCCUGUCUUUUCCUUUCUUAUGUUACAUUUAAAAAAAAAGGUAAGAUCUGUAAUGUUGUAUCAUUAAUAGAGGAGCCACACUAAUAUCGUUUUGUUUUAUUGUAAACUGUAAUUGUGAUUAUGGCUGUAUUAUUAUUAUUAUUAUUAUUAUUAUUAUUAUUAUUAUUAUUAUUAUUAAUAUUAUUAUUUUUAUUAUUAUUAUUAUUAUUACAAUUCAGCUGAAGUGUUUAAAAUUGAAGUGUGCCUAAAGAUCCUCUAGAUGGCGCCCUAUAUCAAGUCAAGAGCUUAUUUCAGCACUAUAGCUAACAUUUUUUUUUUAUUUAGAAAUAUCAUAUCUAGAGGACUGUGAACAUACAAAUAUGCAGAACAGAAUGUAUUUCAUACAUGAGCCACCUGUCCUAUAUGCUUCCCUUCGUGUAUUCAGAAAUACUGUUAUUUUUACUAAUAUGUUUUGUCACACUGAGCAUGCACUCAGAUGAAGCCCAAAGGGAUUAUCAAAUUAAAAUCAUUUUAAAGAAAAAAGUACAUCAUGAUUAAAUGCUACUUACAUUUUAUUUCAUAAAAUAAAAGUCAUUUAAAAAAAUGGCACAAUCUAAAUACACUGAAAUUAAUAAUAAAUAUGAUGGCAUGCGAGACACUGACACCUGUAUUGUCCAGCUGUAAUUAUGAAAUGAACCCGUAAAAACAGUUCAUACCCCAAAAUAAAUGUAAAAAGUGGUGCUACAUCGGCUGCCAAAGAAAAUGGCAACUUUUGUACAAAUGUCUCUCUCCAAACGUGACAAAACACUUGAUGCUUUUAUGUUCUUGUGCUCUUUUUUUCCACCUUAAUCCUCUCGAAAACAUCUUCAGAUCUGAACAUGAAUCUCAGUGUGGUGUUAAGAAGGUUUUCAAUUAAAACCCGAUCCACAGUUCAUCAGAAAUGUCACAACCAAUACAACACUUUCCUACCUACCUAAAGGGAUUUAUUCUUUUGGCUUUGUUCGAAUGCUUUCAUACCAUUAAAACACUGUAAGAUUUACCAUAAAAAAUGACUGGACUCGCCAGUUUCCCUCAGUACGUAAUUUACAAACACAACCCUAUUUUUCCCAAAAUAUACACUUAGAAUACUUACACAGUAUUUGUUGUCCUUUAGGCAAGACACUGCAGGCAAAAACUGUAAUAUAUAUAUUUUUUAUAAACCUGUCAAAAGAUUUUGAGCUGUUUAUUUCAGUAGUAUAUGGAUGCAGCCUUGAUGAAGCAAGUUGACACUGCAUAUCUCAGUGAUGCAAUAUUAGACACUAUGCACUUAAUGGAGCUAGUGACGUCACUGUAUGGGGCAGGGUUAGGCGUGGGGUUAGGUAAGCACAUUAAACCGCAUUGGAUGCAGCUCAGAUUGCACUGCACCAGGUCUGAAUCCAGACACCUUUUGUUUUUCCGGCUUUUUUAGUCGUUGCGCGGGACAAAUGUACGUAACUGAUUUUUCAGUUCCGUUACAUCUAAAAUAUAUUUGUGUUUCUUUUAUCACUUUUUAUCUUCCUAUUUUAUUUGUGCCUGUAGAUAUUUAAUACAAUGCAUAUUUUUUAGUGCUGUUUUCUCAAUUCUGAUUUUCUCUCCUGCAUACACACACUAAACAUUAGUUUUGUUCGUAUCUAUGUUCUGAAAGAUUUUACAGAGACAUAUGUUUAUACAUAAUCACCCGCUUCGAAUGUUAUCACUCUAUUGAAUGGGCAUUAUCAGUGGUUUUCAGCUGAUCAAUUUUGGGCCAGUAGGGGCCUUCUGCGCCUACACUCUCUGAAAUAAAGGUAUGUAAGCUGUCACUGGGGUGAUACCUUAAAAAGAGACGCAUUUGUACUUGAAGGGUUCAUAUUGGUGCCACAAAUAUAUAUUAGUAGCUAAUAUUUUUAAGAGGAACACUUUUGUACUUUUUAGGUACUAAUAUGUACCCUUGAGGUAUCAAAAUAGACCUUUUAGAUACAAAUUUGUACCUUAAAAAGGGACCGCCCCAGUGACAGAUCGCGUACCUUUAUUUUUGAGAGUGUACUGGUAGGCUCUGAAGGCUGUUAUCAUCCAUCCACAUGGUUAAUCAGCAAUACUAGUAGAGAAAACUCUUACUUUUACAUUACUGUGAUGGUUGGGUUAGGGUUGGGGUAGGGGUAGACAUUAAUAAAAUACAAUUAAUGGGAAAUUUGUGGGAAAUGGGAAAUCCGGCUGCAUCCUUGUCUGAUCUAUAGCUAAUUAACCAUGUGGAUGGAUGAUAACAGCCCUCUGAGCCUACCAGCAUGCGCAGAAGGCCCCUACUGGCCCAUAUCAGUUGAUACUGCUAAUAGCACCCAUUCAAUAGAGUGAUAACAUUCAAAUCAUAAUUGGCCUGAAUUUAUACAUAUUAUAUACAUAUUUUCUUAUUCUGCAAAAACUGAAGAAACAAAUCUGUUAAACAGCUGUUAGAGCAGCAUUUUGUGAAUUAUGGAGUGAUUAAAAAAAAUUCAAAAUCUUUGUCAGAAAAUGAACCAAGAAAUUGAAACCUUCAUUCAAUGUUGAAAUAUUUGUGCUAGUAAUGUAUGCAAAUUAGUGCAUAUUUAAUUAAACAAUGCCUAAUUUGCAUAUUUAAAGAUAAAUAUGUUUUUCCUUUUCACCUGCAGUGUCUUGCAUUAACUAUUGCGUUUCCCACCUCCACCAUGAAUAUCAACAUCAGUAUAUUGUGCUCAAGGAUUGAUCUGGAUUUUGUGAUUUCUAUGAGACUAUGAAUGUACAUUUGGCAAAGACAUGUGAGGCAUUGUUAAAUUAUUUAUGGUAACUGUGCUUUUCACAGCAUCCUCAAUAAAUAAUAUCCAUGGUGAGAGAAGGAAUCAGUAUGAAAUAUUCAGAUAUCUUAGAGACCCACUCACUUUCAAAAAAGGCAUUACUAGAUUAUUACUAGAUUAAAGCCUUCAGGCCUGUUGAUUUUUUUUCUCUUUUUCUAAAUAUUGUUUGGUUGAAAUCAGUCAUACAAACAUUACAUGAUGUAAACAUUAUAGCUUGUUGCGUGUCUUGUAUUUGUAAUAUAUUAAACGCCCUGCUGCUGAAAUCCUUUGUCUUGAUUUAAAUUCUGUACAUUAUUCUUUUUCUGUAUAAUGGACAACAUUGGCUCAUUCUGAAAUCGUAGCUCUAUAUGCAUUUCUGGAGAUUGCAAUAUAUGUACCCAGAGGAACGUACAG